AGUUCGCCACGUGCGCUUGUGUUUUGAAUAAGUUCCAGAGCCUUGAAAAAGUUCUGAAGCGGUGGAAAAUAUAUAGUUAAAAAAUUCAUCAAUCAGAACAUAUUUUCGAACAACUGACAAUCACCGCUCGGAGAAAUACAUGGACGUGAUUUGUCCUGCAUAACAAUUUACGUGCACGAACAUUUGAAACGUAUUGCGAUGUGUGCAAAGGAAAGUGAUUCUUGUUGAAAGUUGUUUGAGAACCAUCGAAUGCAACUGUACAUCAGGAUAAAAGAAAAUCGCAAACUUUUGCCCACCGAAACGAAAGAAAGAAAGUGCGAAAAUUGUACCUAACCCGUUUGGUUUCCUUCGAGUAGAAAAAGUUGGGGCGCGAAUUUUCACAGCAUGAAACGGCAGAGCUCAAUUGAAUAAAGGCGUGUGCUGAUGAACUUCAAUUGCAUUUGAGCACAAGUUUGAAGGGAUGGUGCAUGUUGGAAACUUUCAUGUAACCUUCUGACAUCAUUUAAGAAUUAUGCGCUCAAUACAAUCAUUUCGUCACGCAAAAAGGAGCACUUUCGUCGACACCUAAGUCAACUGUGGCCCCGACCGCAUUCCAAUACGUUCCAUCAUAUCACAGGAUGAAUAGUAUGCCUAACAGGAAUUGAACAAAAAAAAAUGGCCCGUCGAUUGCUAUAUUAAUGAUAGCUCAUCGAAAAUCCACUCAACAUGGCACCGCCGGGUCUUCCCAGGGAGCGAAGAAAGAAAGCUCACGGCUUGUACUUUCAUUCAUCACCACCAAAAGUAUUACAAAUGAACAAUCAAAACCUACAACGAGACAAUGAUGGCCGGGCUAAGGAUGUGAUAAAACCAUCCAACAUUCGAAUAUGGCUGCACCAGAAGCGAAUGUCGAAGCUGGCCAAAGUGCUAUGGGCUGGUCAAGGGGGGCGUUUGCGAACCGAAACAUCACAUCAUCCCAAGAUGAAACGGUUUCUCGAAUGCGUUCCUCACGUCAUGGGUGUCAUUAAAGACAUUCAUCAGGCCGUGGUUGAUAACGAUCUGGAAAUGCUGAAAGAGAAAACUGCGGCACCAAUGCCUCGGAUUGUGUUGACAAGCAAGGAUUCUAACGGCCUUACGCCGUUGCACAAAGCUGCCGGCUUGGCACACACACAAAUUGUGGAGCAUAUUCUGUCGAUCUGGCCGAGUCUUUCUUCCGAUGAGGAUCACACAGGCAAAACACCGCUACAUUGGGCGGCCAGCGCAAAAAAUAAUGCUCGUAGUUUCAAUCUGCUUGUGCAGGCCGGCGCAGAUGAAACCGCCUUGGAUAAUAGAGACAAACCAGCCGAGUACUACAAAAACAAACCGAACGACAUAGAUCGGUCUCUACUGACGGUGAUCCCGGAGGCACCACGAAUAUCUCAGCAGGGUUUCCCGAGCUAUUUCGAUUGGAACAUGUUUACCCUCGAGGAGGAUUCCGACAAUAGCAACGGUUCGCAAGCGAGAAUCAAACCAUUUUUAUCGCAAAAUAACUUACUAGAUAACGAUGUAAAUAAUCUCAGUAGUGUUUCUAAGUCUAAAUCAGUACACAAUCUCACUAACGGGACGCUAACCGAUGUCCCAAACGAUGAAAGCGAGGGCAAGACCGAGAACAAGGAUGAAGUAGAACCAAUGGCUGAUGGAAACCAAUAUGAAGUGAUGGGCGAUAAUAUUGCUAACCAGGAUAAAAAUUACGAGACUGAGGCAGGAGACCCAACCGAAGAUACGAUGCAGGCAGAAGAAGAUCCAGUAGAGGAUACUACUAGAGAUACUCCAAGCGAAAAUGUGAUGAUGGAAUCAUCGGGAAUUGAAGAAGCAAAUGAAACAUACGAUCAACCGAUAGACGAUGAAAACAAGUCCAAUGCGAAUCCAGCAGUGGAAGAGAACGAGGUAAAUGGAGAUCUUGAGUUAGCACUCGUCAAACAAGAAAAUAUGUAUGAAAGCGAAGUGAAUGCUCCAUCCAGCGUUAUGAAUGUAGAAGAACAAAAUUUAGACCAAACAUUGAACGACAAUGGCUUGACAUCCGGUGGGAUGACUGAUGAUGCGAUUGAUAAAAUACAAAUAGAUGAUAAUACUGAUGAAACAGAAGGCAACAUGGAACAAUCGCGUGCUAGUCCUGAGGAAGAACUUUCGAAGCAGGAUGAUAGUUCGGAGGGAAUUGAGCAAGAUAGUUUGAAUAAACCUGAUGAUGUAACUGAGGAAAAAGAUGAAAACAUGAACAUGUCUACUGAAAUAAACAAUGCAAAUGAAACAAUAACUCAAGAUCAAAAUGGGAACCAGGAUGAAAGCACAAAUUUCGGAAGCAGACAAUCUUCAGCAAAAGCGGAAAAUACCGAUAAAAUUUCAGAAACUUUUUCAAGACCUGAAAGUGCUCAUGAAUCUGCUGAAUCAGAUGAACAAUCUACUGAAUCAGCGAAAUCGAAAAGAACAGUGAAUACUUCAGCAAAAACAAACUCCGCUAAAAGUCACCGGAAGAAUGGAUCUGCUAUCUCUAACAAUGUCCCUACCAGUCAGGUCAAACAAGAUACUGAUUCGAUCGAUUCGAGGCCCUCAUCGACCACCAGCCGUAGCCAGCCGUCUGUCUCGUCUAGAGCCCAAUCUACGGCAACGGUGCGUAAUGUAUCGGCAAGCUUGAAUGACGAACGUCGCCAGUCUGCUAAAUCUGUCCGGUCGCAAAAGAGUCUGUCGAAGGAUGAACCCGUUAACGAGGACGACAGCAACGACGACUCUAAUCAAGCCGAUGUUGAAAUUGUCCAUUUUGAAACUAGCAAUGAGGCCGGAAACGACGACGGUGAUCGAUCGAACAAAUCACCCGAUGAUUCAGGGGACAAUAAUACUCAAGACGAUGAGAAAAAGGUCACCGAAAUGGAAAUAUCCAACACUGAUGUCUUCACUAAUGAGGUUACCGUCGAUGCUGAGAAAACGGCGAACAACGUCAGCAAUUUCACUCCCGAAGAGCCUGAUAAGGUUUCUUCAAUGGGUAAUGAGAGGGAUGACCAGAAAGAAGCGCCCGUUACGACACCUGAAUUUGAGGAAACCAUUGAGGCAGAACCAAAUGGGCAACAGCUUCGUAGUGCUCAGCCAUCAAACAACACUUUAGAAUUAUACCACGAUCGUUCCCUGCAGGAGAUAAUCGACGGUGGGGACAUGGAACAACUGGCAGUAAUCGUCCUCAAUGGCAAGGGUGGCAAACUACUAGGACGACGAUCAGAUCUUCCGGAAAUUCAAGCUUUUUUAGACAACGUGCCUUCCUACAUGAAUAAAAUUCGUCGUGUACAUAUGGCUGCCCGAGAGGGAAGCUUGCGUGAUUUGCAGUCGGCCUUGGACCGGCGGAAAUUUGCAACCUCAAAGGACGAAAUAUCUCCACAUGGCGCAACACCUCUACACGUGGCCACCAUAUUUGGCCACUCUGGUAUUGUGCGAUAUCUCGCUGGGCGCUUCCCAGAAACUACAAGUGCUACCGACGUCAAUGGACGCAACCCGUUGCAUUACGCAGCAACGCUAAAAGAUAACGGUCACUUCUACAACCUUCUGACCCACCUGGGAGCGAAUCCGAAGGCGGAGGAUAACUUUAACCGUUCAGCUGAAUUUUACUUGGAUUACGAACAGUCGAAGGAUUUAUUGACUCAUCGUCAGUUGUUGCAAGACUAUGGUGCAGAAGAGGAGCUCGUCGAUCAGAUGCUCAAUGAUCAAGUGCCAGAUGACCAACACAGCGCACGUCGUGAGUUGGACGAUGUCGAUACACUGACCACGCUGGAGCGAUGCUUCAAAAUUAUUCACGAACCAAUUGAUGAUCUGAUCAAAUCGGUAGAGCUUCCAACGAAUAGCGUUCCCGGUAGUGCUUCAUCCCUGAGAAUUCUAAUCACGUCCUACUUGGCGAGGUUUCUGAAACGAAGUGUAUUUGAUAAAGUGAAAAAACGUCAAACGAAACUGGAUCACAAUCUUUUCGAUGUUAUUUGGCCAGCGAUGAAAAAGGCUACCAAGGAGAAAAGGAUUGACGAAGACUUGAACGUUGGUGUUGUGAUUCCAGACUACGAUGUGUUCGUUGUUUUUCAAGAAUUUCUAGUGCCAUUGAUAAAGGACAUGCAUAGCAUGGAUUUACAGCAAGACUUUGAGCCUCAUCCAGCUGCGCAAUUUUUCCCCAGAUAUGCGAUCAGUGAGCCAGCUUUCAAUUAUCAAGAAAGUAAUGGAAAUAUACUUCGAGAGAAUCCCGAAGAAAUACAUCUCAACUUGGAUACCUCGGGAAAGUUCAUCACCGGAGCUGUGAUCGAAUGCACACGCAAUUUGGAUGAGUUCGAGUUACCGCUUAAUCUGAGUAUAGCUCAUCUCGAACGGGUAGAACGGAUAUUGACGGCAAAGAUUCUCUCCACUGCCUUCGCCAACGCGACCGGUGAGAAAGAAAUAGGAACGUACUAUACAAUGAAUGAGAUUCUGGAAAUCCCAUCCGAGAUUCGAACGGUACUUGCUGCCUCAGGACUACUAAUUCCUAUGCUUGAUAGUACAGAUCCAUAUCAAACGGCGGAAUCAAUCGCAAUAAACGGUAGAUUCUGGCCUUACGGCAGAGGAGUUUACGUUAGUCACGAUCAGGAUCUGGUUGCGUGGAUAAAUGCUCAAGAACAUUUGCGAUUGAUGUGCUGUACCAGCUCGAAAAAUCCUGCCAGCAUCGGAAGUACAUACUCCAAACUUGGCCGGGCUAUGAACUUUUUGGAUGAUAAAAUACAGUUCAAACACAGUUACUUCCUAGGACAUUUAGUGUCCCGUCCCUCCUUCCUUGGAACUGGUCUCAAAAUAACACUUUCACUUGAACUACCUCAUCUGCGUAAGGAACGGGAAAACUUACGACACCUUUGCUUAGUACGAGAGCUCCAUUUGAUCACUUCCGAUGAGCAACAAACCGUCCGGAUGAGUAACAUGAGAAGUCUGUCGCAGACCGAGUGGCAAAUCUUUCAAAACUACACCGGUGCCAUCACCAACAUCGUAGCACUCGAAAAGGAACUCUCCAUGUCCAACUCAUUGCACAUAGCGGCAACGCUGCUGAGCAUAUUUCAGCAUUACGACUCACAAGUAGAGAUACCGUUGUUUCGUACAGAGGAAGGCCGAUACCUAGCGACGUCUCUCGGGGAUCCGUUGAUCAAAGGGCUGACCGAAGUAGCCAAUAAGCGUCCGGCAGAUCCUAUAAUCUAUCUGGCAACAUAUUUAUACAACUUUGCCAAUCAGAGCCGUUCGAAAACAAGUGCAAGUAGCCAGACAUCAGCCAACAGAAACGAUUCGAAUAACAACCAGAUAGAAUUGGUCGCAAAGGAAGAAUCCGACAAAGAGUUGGAAGGUUCUGCUACGACGGAAGAAACCGUUGAGGUACUGGAUCAACGAGAAAUGGCUGGUACUGCUGUGGAAAAGGAAGAUCUUUCUCCUUCGUCGCCGGAAAGUUCUAGCGCAGUAUCUUCCAGUGACAACAGAGAUGAACACGGGCAGAGCAUGUUACACUUUGCAUGUGCAAGAUCCCAUGGAAAAAAUGCGUUAAUUCAGUUGAUAGAUGAGUCGGGCAUUAGCAUUACCUACCGUGAUGAGUUGUAUAGAACUGCUAGAGAUGUCUCGCUGCAGGCUACUCAACCAGAUAAUUCACGCGAAAUUGAUCGCUAUGUGCUUGGAUUAGCAGCUCGUGGAGAUUUGGAGUCUUUGACCAACAUGUUGUUGGACGGAUAUGACCAUAUUGCCGAUGUGGCUGGUACCGAUGGAACCACUAUUUUGCAGGUAACAUCGUCCAGAGGUCAUCGGGAGGUUGUUCGGUUUUUAGAAGGAAUUCGAGAAUUUGAGGACAAUCGAGAAAAUUUACUAAAGGCAGUGCGUAAUCAAAAUAUUGAUAAAGUAAAAGAAAUAACUCAACUAUCGGAUGGCUUGAAGCUAGCCAGAGCCAAAAAUUAUUAUGGUCGCUGCUCGUUGCAUAUUGCAGUACUGUUCGAAAGUGAAGAAAUUGUGGAAUACCUAGCGACGAAUUUUAGACAUACUCUGAAAAUUGGCGACAAUUUGGAGCGGACAGCUCUCCAUUACGCGAUGGGAAUCGGGAACGUAGAGGCAAUUAGUCGUAUUCUGGUAAAAAAUGGAUCUAAAAGAGUUGCGAAAGAUCUCAAAGGAAGACAACCGAGUUAUUACUUCAUUAAUAAGGCCGAUAUUCUACGUUUGCAGGAGGAAGAGAAAGGAUAAAUUUUAGUUGAAUUGUAAUUGAAUUUAUUGGAAAAAUGUUAUUUUGUUAUUGAGAAACAGUGUACGAUUAAAAUACAAAUAAUUUGUUGUUUUUCGAAA